AUCGGACGCCAUUUUGUCUGCCAUUUCCUACGCUGAUCCGCUGCCUGCUUCUCCGCACGGCACGGGACGCCCCGCCUGGCCUCAGCUUCAUCUGCCCCGCGUCGGUGAGCAGCAGCGGAGCCCGCACGCACGGUACCCGGGUGGAUGAGAGACGGUGCAGCGGCUCGGUCGGUCACACCACGAGACCUCUGCGAGGCACUUCGAGGCGCCCGCGGUACAGGAGCGGCACCAGUCCCGGGCAGACAUGGCUCUGAAGAUUGUCAAGGGGAGCAUCGAUCGGAUGUUCGACAAAAACCUUCAGGAUUUAGUGCGUGGCAUCAGGAAUCACAAGGAAGACGAGGCCAAAUAUAUCUCCACAUGCAUCGAUGAGAUCAAACAGGAGCUCAAGCAGGACAACAUCGCUGUCAAAGCCAAUGCUGUGUGCAAGCUCACCUACCUUCAGAUGCUGGGCUAUGAUGUCAGCUGGGCGGCUUUCAACAUCGUGGAAGUCAUGAGCUCGUCUAAGUUCACAUACAAGAGGAUUGGCUACCUGGCGGCUUCACAGUGCUUUCACGAGAGCACUGAUGUCAUCAUGCUGACAACCAAUCAGAUCCGAAAGGAUCUUAGCAGUCCCAACCAGUAUGAUACAGGUGUUGCCCUCACUGGCCUCUCCUGUUUUGUGACCCCCGACCUCGCUCGGGACCUGGCCAAUGACAUCAUGACACUGAUGUCCCACACUAAACCCUACAUCAGAAAGAAAGCGGUGUUGAUCAUGUACAAGGUGUUUCUCAAGUACCCAGAGUCCCUGCGUCCUGCUUUUCCCAGGCUUAAGGAGAAACUGGAGGAUCCAGACCCAGGCGUCCAGUCAGCAGCAGUAAAUGUCAUCUGCGAGCUGGCCCGCAGAAAUCCCAAGAACUACCUGUCUCUGGCCCCGCUCUUCUUCAAGCUCAUGACCUCUUCUACUAAUAACUGGGUUCUCAUUAAGAUAAUCAAGCUGUUUGGUGCGCUCACACCACUCGAGCCACGAUUGGGGAAGAAGCUGAUUGAACCGCUGACAAACCUAAUCCACAGUACCUCUGCCAUGUCUCUGCUCUAUGAAUGUGUCAACACUGUGAUUGCAGUGUUGAUUUCUUUGUCCUCUGGGAUGCCCAACCACAGUGCGAGUAUCCAGCUCUGUGUGCAGAAACUGCGAAUCCUGAUCGAAGACUCGGACCAGAACUUGAAGUACCUGGGCCUGCUGGCCAUGUCAAAGAUCCUGAAGACCCACCCCAAGUCAGUGCAGUCCCAUAAGGACCUUAUCCUCCAGUGUCUGGACGACAAGGAUGAGUCCAUCCGCCUUAGAGCUCUGGACCUGCUCUACGGAAUGGUGUCUAAAAAGAACUUGAUGGAGAUUGUAAAGAAGCUGAUGCUGCACGUGGACAAAGCCGAAGGAACCACCUACAGAGAUGAGCUUCUCACCAAGAUCAUUGACAUCUGCUGCCAGAGCAACUACCAGUAUAUCACCAACUUUGAAUGGUACAUCAGCAUCCUGGUGGAGCUGACCCGAUUGGAGGGCACGCGACACGGCCAUCUCAUUGCCUCUCAGAUGCUGGAUGUCGCUAUUCGUGUCAAAGCCAUCCGGGUCUUUGCUGUUGCCCAGAUGGCCACUCUGCUGGACAACGCCCACCUGCUGACCGGCAACAUGCAGCGAAACGGCAUCUGUGAAGUGCUGUACGCUGCAGCGUGGAUCUGUGGCGAGUUCUCGGAACACCUGGAGAACCCAAUGCAGACGCUGGAGGCCAUGCUUCGGCCAAAGGUGGCUACCCUACCAGGCCACAUACAGGCAGUGUAUGUGCAGAAUGCAGCCAAGCUGUUUGCCACCGUGCUGAAGAGCCAGGAGGGGAAUACUGAUGGCACAGCCGCACAGGAAACCAGCCAGCUGAUGAUUGAGAGGCUCCCGCUGUUUGUCCAGAGCGCCAACCUGGAAGUGCAGGAGAGGGCAUCUUGCAUCCUACAACUUGUCAAGUACAUUCAGAAACUGCAGCAGAAGGAUGUAGAAGUAGCGGAGGAAGUGAGCGCUCUGUUUGCUGGAGAACUUAACCCUGUAGCCCCCAAGGCACAGAAGAAAGUGCCUGUCCCUGAAGGUCUGGACCUUGAUGCCUGGAUCAACGAGCCUCCGUCUGAGAGCGAGUCAGAGGAUGAGCAGCCCAAGGCAAUUUUCACAAAGGAGGAGCACAAACACUCCCGCCCCCGUCACACAGAGGUGGACGAGAAGGAGCUGGCAAAGAGAAGAGAAGCCAGAAAGCAGGAGCAAGCAAACAACCCGUUCUACAUCAAGGCCUCCCCCUCCUCUCAGAAGGUUUACCAGGAAUCCACUGGAGUGGAGCACAUCCCAGUCGUGCAGAUUGACCUCAGUGUGCCUCUCAAAGUCCCAGCUUUUACCUGUUCCUCAGGUCUGCCAAUGUCUGACCAGUAUGUCAAGCUGGAGGAGGAGCGCAGGCAGAAGCAGAGAGUAGAGAAGAAGAAGAAGGAGAAGAAGAAAAGGAAAGAAAAGCACAGUGGACGAGGGAAGAAACGCGAUUCCGGCCCGGAGAGCGAGGAGGACAUCACCCCUGCGCACAUGGUCGACAUAGUUACUGAGGAGAUGCCAGAGAAUGCCUUACCCAGUGAUGAUGACGACAAAGACCCAAAUGACCCUCACAAAGCGCUGGACAUCGACCUGGACAACUUGUUGGAAACGGCUGGGCGCAGGCCUCUUGCGGACAGUGAUAAGCUUCCAGUCAGGUCACACCGUGCAGCAGAGGCGGCAAAAAGCCCGGGAGAAGCUGGAGACGCAGAGAGCGCUGCCGCACAGGAGCCCAAGAAGAAGAGUGGCAAAGACAAGAGGGAGGAGAAGAAGAAGGAUAAAGACAGGGAUAGGAAGAAGAGCAAAGAAGAGAAGAAGAAGAAGAAACACAAACAUGAAGAAAAGGAGGAGGAUCUUCUCAGGGGUCAGGCAGGCGAGCCUGUGGUCCAAUCAGAAGAAACCAGUCAGGUGGCUGAGCCGCCCACAUCCACCAGCGCUGAGGUUUCGGAUCUGGAUUUCUGGCUCUCAAACGCUCCAGUGCCCUCUAACACCCAGGAAGCAGCAACAGUAGCAGCAGCUGAAGCAACCCCCAUGCCCGAGGUGGUCUCCAGCACAGCGCCAGACUCGGAGCCCAAUGAGCCCAAAGACGCAGAGAUGGAGGAGACUAAAUCCUCCAAACACAAGAAGAAGAAGCAGAAGAAGGAGAAGGAAGAGAAGGAGAAGAAAAAGAAGAAGAAGCAUCAUCACCAUCAUCGCCACAGUGAUGGAGGUGGAGAGGAGUCGGUGCAGAAUGGCACCGUUGAGGAGGAAGAGCCUCUGCCGUCCAUGUCCAAUUACUGCCUGCUGGCUGAGAACUCCUACAUCAAGAUGAUGAUGGAAGAUGCUGAUCAGGUUUGUGACAUCCAGGGGAACCUGCAGGAUGGUAGUCAGGUCGUGGUGUCUGUUAUAUUUGAAAACAAGUGUGACGGCUUCCUCAAAUCCAUGGAGUUCAACGUCCUGGACUCUCUCAACGCCAAGCUUCAGAGGCCAGAGGGCUCAGGUCCACACGAUGGUCUCACCGUCCCCUUCCAGCUUCCACCAGGGGUGUCCAAUGAAGCGCGGUUUGUCUUCACCGUGCAGAGCAUUGUGAUGCCACAGAAACUGAAAGGAACUCUCACCUUCAUAGUCAAGAAUGAGGACUCCUCCACUCAUGAGAAACUGGACUUCAAACUGCACUUUACCUGCACCUCCUACCUAAUCACUACUCCCUGCUACAGUGAUGCAUUUGCAAAGCUGCUCGAGUCAGGGGACCUGAAGUGCAGCUCUGUCAGACUGGAGGGGGUCAGCAUGCCCUUCCACCACCUACUAGCCAGGAUCUGCUUCCACCACCACUUCUCAGUGGUGGAGAGGAUCGACUCCUGCUCCUCCAUGUACAGCAGGUCUAUCCAGGGUCACCAUGUCUGUCUGCUGGUCAAAACUUCUGCUCAGACAGUUUCCAUCGAUGCUAAAUGUGACGAGCCGACGCUGCUUGGGAAUGUGCUGGAUGAGAUCAAGCAGACCUUCUCUCAGUGCUGAUUGUGUCUGACAGCCCCGGGGAGCCCCCAACCCACAUCACCAACUCCGAAACACAACAUAAUCAUGUUACGAAACACUGAGGCUGGCACUUCCAUUACCGCCCUAUUAGUCCUGAGAUUUUCAAGAUUUCUCCCCCCUUUAACCUUCUACUUCAGUGUCCCACACUCUGUUGUUCCUCUGCACUUUGAGCUCUGUGGUCACUCACCGACUCUCAAUGUUGUUUUACAGACUCACUGUGCACAUGUUCCGCCUUCUCUUGCAACACACUUUCAUUUGACUUCCUGGUUUUCGACCGCCAUCUGCCGCCCUUUACCAUCCCGACUCUGACUCUGUGCUAUGCUCCUGUUUCUGGAUUCUCUACUCUUUUCCUGUGUAACUGUAUGCCCUCCUCCCUGUCGACAAUUCAGUCAAUGACAGUCAUGUAAUGUAAUGUUGACAACUGGACUUUUGCUGUUGAUGGUUGAAUUCUGUUUUUACUAUUUUGAGGUUUUUUGUUUGUUUUUGUUUGUUGUUCAUAUCUCACUCUUUUCUUUUUUUUGUCUAAAGCCUAUCUGCGCCUUUGUCUCACCCCCAUUCUUUCCACUCACUAAACAUCUGUGUAGGUCUGGAAAAAACCAUGUGACUGAAUUUUCUCUGAUUGGUCCUAGCUGGAAAAAUGGGGACUGUAACCUGCUCGUCCACCUCUGACAAGGAGCCUAGAGGAGACCAGACACUGGGUGACUGCAGUGAGGAUAGUGCAGAGAUUAAACCAAAGCUACAUAUAAGGCGAGGGUCUAAAACUAGUAUCAGAGCUGUUGCCUUUUGGCAAGUUUUAAAACAGAUCAGCUAGUGUGAUAGUAACUGGAUGACUUGUACAGCAGAUCAGUGGUUUUGCUCUGUGCCUUAAUCAUGCAGUCUGACCUACCUGCUCCUGCUUCAUGAGUCUGGUAUAGCCCCACCUGCUCCCUAAUCCAACUGUGCUAAGAUGCAGUUAGCCCCCACCCUACCCACCACCACAACAACUGCUGACAUAUCAUUCCUGUCCCAAAUUAACUAUAAAUUUGGGAGAAAAUAAAAAGUAAUAGAAAGAAAUUGGUAACACAUGAAGUGAAAUGUGAGUCAGGCCCAUGCCACCUUUACCAGCCUCCGCAUCACUUGGAGUUGGAAGUUGUAUAGAAGAUGUUAUAUUGUAAUUAUGCAGAAGCAUUCUCUUUUAUUUGUAAGAAGCUGCUGCUGUGCUCAAGGCCCUCAUUUGAGUCACCACAUUGUCAACUAAAUUACAGAAUAAUCUGCGGUUAUGUUACAUCACUAAAGCUAAAGUUUGACAUAGUUACACUGUCAGCCUUUCUACAUUUCAAAAUCAGCUGCUCUGCGUAUCAGGUUGCUGAAGUGGUUGUCUCUGUAAGCGGAGACUGCGAAGUGGCCAGUGGUUUUAGGUUCUUCUCAAUUAGCAUCAAGGCGACGUGGCUCUCCGCGCUCUGUCCACAGCAGAACAGAGUUUUGUCUGUCUUCCAUGUGAAAUCAUGUGAAACAUUCUGCGUGUGUGCCACUUUGCAUCACAGCAGCUGCAGCCCAGGCUGGCUGACGCCUCUCUUGUGUGCAUCCAGAUGAAUCCCCAAUGUUUCUUCUCCUUUCAGAAACUGCCUUGCCACUGUUUGUGCAUUGACAUGUUAUGAUGAACAUGAAAAGGCCUUUCUUUCAAAGAAAUGGCCUCCUCUCAGAGCGCUCUCAGAGGUGCUUGAAGUUUUAGUUUGCGUCAUCUGUGUUACUACCUAGUCAGGCACGACUCGACCUAGUUGUAGCAAGAUAAACUGACACGGUAGCAUCUCUGUUCACAUUGACUGAUAAGGCUCCUUCACAUCUGUCUGCUAUUGUAGAUAACAACUAAAUGAUGUCUGUGACCUGAAGGUCAGAUCAGCCAUUCCACGAGAUCUUCUGUCCAGUAGUUGUGUCUGAAUACAGAGGUGAUCAGCUGUAUAUCAGGUAUGUCAUUAGGAAAUUAAUAUUUAUGUAUUUCCUAUUUCUAAAAAAAUUGCUGAUAUCAGUUAAACUGAAAAAACAACAACUUCCCCAAUCAUACAUUAUCAUUUUCUUGUGCAUAAUAUUUGAUGAUUCAAAUUUGUAUAAUGCAUGAUUAGGAAUGUACACUUUUUACCCCCCUUCAACAGACUUACACAAACCAAAACGUGUCAUUCCAUCCUGUCCUUUUUCUUUUUGGUCUUUUUUUUUUGUAUAAAGUUCUCUUGACCAUUCUCUGUUUUUGAUGGUAUUUGUGUUGUCUAUUCUAAAAGCAGACUCUUUUUUUAGUGAUAUUGUUGAAUGUUUUAAAUUAUUAAGCACAGGGGAAGGAAGGGGGUUCUGUGUGCAGUCAUGACACACGGGGCUUGUGGCUCCGAAUAGUCAGUUGAGUAAUGCGGGUCACAUGUAAUGCGUUGUACUGAGAAACAACCCACUCUGUCUUAAUUCUCGGUUGAUUCGGUUGUAGUGAGUUGUUUUACUGAGUUUUGCUUGUGAGAGUGAAAUAUACUCCUCUAUGACAGAUUUUUGAAGGUCCUGUCUUUUCAUUUCUCCAUACUCGCUACUCCAGCUGUGUAAUGUAAUAUGUUUCAAAGGGGACAACAUAAAUUAUCUACAUUCCCUUUAAAGAAAGUCCACCCAGAUUAAAAAUAAAGGCUGUAAGAAGCUACUGUAGUCGUUUCUUUUGUUUCAGUGAAUCAAUAAACGCCCACAUGCCAAAAUG